UCCCUGCAGUUCAGCUCUACAGUCUGUCUCCCAGCAGAAUCAGUAAGCACCGGUCGUGGUGGGAAGAGAAAGUAGAUUAUUUAGCCAUAAUAUAACAGAAAGAUCUCACCGGAGAAGGGACGAAAUCUGGAAGGAGAAACCAAGAGCUCCUCCAUCCAAAUAAAUAUCAAGAUAAAACAAAAUGCCGGAAAAUGAGAGCACUGGUCAGAUAAGACUUCUUCCUUGUACGAGAAAGAGACUGUUUCUUUCUUUGGCAGCAAUCUUGGCCAUUCUCUGCAAAGGAAUCAGAAGUCAAAAAUCGUGGAAGUAUAGUAUCAUCGUGGACUCUUCUUUUUCCGUACAGCGUGGUCUCGUUCUUCAUAUUCCAUGCCAGUUCACUUAUAACCAGGGAGACCUGUUGAAAAAUGACCAUAUAUAUGUUUAUUGGAUUAAGUAUUGGCCACAUUUCCCCUCCUGUUUUCCAUCGCUUUAUCAAGCCUGCAAUCUCGUAGCUACCAACAACCCAUAUCGGACAAUCGAACAGUCAGCCAAGGAUCGCUUCCAUUUAUUAGGAGAUUCAAAUCAAGGAAAUUGCUCACUUGUGAUCACGAAUGCUCGCAUAGAAGAUGAAGGGCGAUACUACUUGAGAAUUGAGGGAAAAGAUCGAAUUCGAUUUUCUUUUUUCCAAGAAAAUGGGCAUACUACACCUCAUGUUUAUGUGAUAGAACCACCCCGGAAAGUCACUAUUACAGUGAACAUCGAAGGCUCAAGUUACUCUGGCUCAUCAGAAUGGCAAAAUGAAGAAGGACUCAACCGUGUGAUAGUCAAGGAAGGAAACACUGUCAACCUAAUCUGCACUGCUGAUGGUAGACCACCUCCCAACCUAUCCUGGAUGAAGGAGAACCAGAAAAUUGGUGAACCCGAGCGUUACCUUCAGCUGCGUGAAAUUGGGCCAGAGGAUGCUGGGAAAUAUUGGUGCCUGGCAAAUCAUCAGAACAGGUCGACCAUCAAGACGAUGGUUGAAGUGAUUGUCCAGUAUCGUCCAAGGAUGCUGGUUUUCAACACCACCCAAACUCACAGGAGAGGCUCCCUACUCACUCAAGGUUGCUCCAAGGAGCUGGCCAGUGCAUCUGAGUGGACAGCCGAAGUAGGUGACUCAUUGGAGCUGUUCUGCAAAGCAGAUGGCAAUCCUCCAGCCACAACAAGUUGGGUGAAAAGGGACGGCCGCUUGCAGAAACCUCCAGAUAACCAACUGAGACUAACCAAUCUGACAGUUGAAGAUGAGGGUGUCUAUGUGUGCAAAGCUAAAAACGUGCACGGCGACACUGAGGGGACCUUCCGGCUCUAUGUGACAUAUGCCCCAAAGCUUAGAAGAAGCCCCCACAAAAAUACAACCUGUUAUUAUCACGACAAUGGUGUCCUGUGUACUUGUACCUUGCAUGCUAAGCCACCUCCCCAGAUCGAGUGGGAGGUGGAUGGGGAGAGGAUAACCGAGGAGAGCAGGAGAAGAGGAAACUGGACAGUCCAACCUUCACUCGAGACGAAUGAGGUCACCAGUACCUUAAACUGGACUGGCAGCCUGGAUAGAGCUCAUAAUAUUAUCUGCAUGGGGAGCAAUUCUUAUGGAAUCCAAAGCGUGCAAUUCCUGUUGAAUGCCAAGAGAGACCCAACUUCAGAAUCUUCCAUAGGAAAAUCUAAUAAGGCUUUGUUCAUCGCUGGGCUAUGUGGAAUUUUUCUGGGAGUUGGAAUCUUCCUGUUGUGCUUAUUCCUGAUCAGGGUUUUUAAGCAGAAGAAAGCAUUGCUCGAAGCUAGCCAUGUCGAAGGAACCUCUUCUGGAAGCGAACUUCAGGAGAAACCCAAUAAUUCCAGCCAUAUCUACAGCAACGUUUUCCCGAUGGGUCCAAGGUUAUCCCCAGCCGAUAAGCCAAAACCUGCUGGAGAAAGGAAGCCUAAAGUACCCCAGGUGUCCACCGUUCCAGCCCCAAAGAGAUCAGAACCACGUGAAUUGCAGUAUGCGGCCCUAGAUUUCAAGCCAAAAAGUAAAGGCGUUCCAGACUUAAGCGACAACAAUGUGGAAUAUUCAUCAAUCCAAAGAAAAUAUGUGGUUAAUGACCGGUAUAACCUGGAAGCUGGUAAUGUGUCAGUAGAGGAAGGGCUCUGUGCUGUGAUUCCUUGCAUUUUCACUUAUAUUAAAAAUGAUGCUAAUAACAAUAAUCCAGUGAAGGGAUUUUGGAAGAAUGAAAUAUCCAAAAGACAAGUUUCUGUAGCCAUCUCUAAUCAAAAGCAGGCUUGGAAUCGCUUCCAAAUCAUUGGGGAUCUAACAGCAGGAAACUGUUCUCUCCUCAUCUUAAAUGCCCAAAAAAAUGAUACAGGGGAGUACCUUUUCAGAAUGGAAAAAGAACCUCGGGCAAACUUUGACUUUCGCAAGACUAAACCAUACCUGAAGGUGACAGAAAGACAAUUACCAAAAAUACAGAUCGCGGGUACGAUGAAAGCAGGACAUUCUACAUCCAUCACCUGUGCAACCUCUGUAAGCUGUAGUUGGAUGCCUCCAACAUUCAUCUGGAAUGGCUUUCCCGAACUCGAAGGCUCUCGUUCUCAGCUGAAUGGGAUCCAGAUUUACAGCUCAGUGUUGAAUUUCACACCUUCUGCCGCAGACCACAAUCGGAACAUCACCUGCAGGGUCAAUUACACAAAUGAGACCAAUCCUCUUCCCAGAGAGAAAACCGUCCAACUGAAUGUCAUUUUCAAACCGCAGAUGUUAGGGAUCAAGGUGGAACGUUUUCGCUUCAAUAAAAGUCAGGAAAAUUUCACAAACGUUUCUCAGCUCAGCGUUCACAAAGGGGAUUGCAUCCAGCUACGCUGCAAUGUAAAUGGCAACCCUUCGCCCAAGGUGACUUGGACUAAGGGAAGCCAAGACCUGGGGAAACUACCCCAAGCCUUGAAUGUCCUGAAGCUUUCUGAUCUUAAGCUGGAGGAUGCUGGGACAUACACGUGUCACGCAUCCAACGAAAUUGGCACAAAUGAAACAUCCGUUGAACUCUUCGUAACAGAACCGAAGACAACCCUGCUUCUGAUGGUGACUGGUACCCUCAUCAUGCUGGCUGUAAUCAUGAUAAUCAUUGGAAUCAUCUUUGCUUAUAAAAGAUACCGGUGGAAGAGCAAAAGGGUGACGGUCUCAGAAACAGGAAAUAGCUUAACGAAUGUCAAGAAACCCAACACUUCGAACCUCGCUACGCAGGAAAUGAACGGCAUUUCCCCCAAACCAAGAAGCACCGAUGAAUCCAUGGAUGGAGAUCCCGAAGACUCUGAAGAAAUCCAUUACGCGUCUAUUACAUUCAACGCACCAGAUCCUAAGCCAGAUAUAACUGCAGAAGACGUCCCGACGGAUUAUGCUGAAAUCAGACCUUGCAGUUCACAGGAAAAAGAAACAUGAAGAUUUUAAAGGAAAUUCCUUUGUUCUGGAUUCGCAGCCGAGUCCUUGGAAGUUGCCAGCUCCUGUUUAGACUCCAGCACCUUGUCUUGACUUUUGUUUCUGUAUCUGGAGGUAAGCAACUGCCUAUCCAGCGAUUAAAACUUCAGAGGAUAAUUAGAACUGCAGAAAAAAUAAUGGCUACCAACCUGCCUUCCAUUGAGGACCUGUAUACUGCACGAAUCAAGAAGAGGGCCGUGAAAAUAUUUACCGAUCCCUCACAUCCUGGACAUAAACUGUUUCAACUCCUACCGCUACAGAGCAUUGCACACCAGAACAACUAGACACAAGAACAGUUUUUUCCCAAAAGCCAUCACUCUGCUAAACAAAUAAUUCCCUCAACACUGUCAAACUAUUUACUAAAUCUACACUACUAUUAAUCUUCUCAUCGUUUUCAUCACCAAUCUCUUUCCACUUAUGACUGUAUGACUGUAACUUUUUGUUGCUAUCAUUAAGGGUUAAAUUGCAACCUAUGACCAUCAUUUGUGUUUUAAAUGUUGUACCUUUGAUAUAUAUAUAUAUAUAUAUAUAUUUCCUUUUUCUUUUAUGUACAUGAGAGCAUAUGCACCAAAACAAAUUCCUUGUGUGUCCAAUCACGCUUGGCCAAUAAAAAAUUCU